GGGGGGGGGGGGGGGAGAAAUCGGCGGCGAACACCGACAGCGAUCCGGGAGACUCUUGGAAGCCGGCGAGCGGAUGAUGGAUGGCCGAGACUUCGGGCCCCCCCCCCGCUCGGCGCACGGCCCCCCCCCGCCGCUGCUCUCGGGGCUGCCCAUGGACGGGCACCGCCUGGCCGCCGGCCGCCUGCCCCCCUCCGCGCCCCUGGCCGCGGGGCUGCCCGCAGCGCUGCAGCCCGGCAAGUUCCUGGCGUCCGGCAUCGGCCUCCACGCGCACCCCGGCUUUUCCCAUCUGCCUAAUGGGCUCUACCCGUCCUACAUUCCCCUGAGCCACCUCGAGCCCCCCAGUGCUGGCAGCCCGCUGCUGGCCCAGCUGGGUCAGCACAGCCUCUUCGAGUCGCAAAAAGAUGGGUUCUACCUAUCCGGCCACGCAGCUCAGUCGGCCUUGCACCCACAGCCGCCCCUCGCGAGGAGCGCAGGCGGCCACGCAGCGAGCGCUCUGCUGCGGGAGAAGGAGCUGGGGCAGCUGCACAAGAGCUCGAAGGAGAGCCUGAAAGACCCCGGCGGGAAGGAGCGGGGCUGCAGGACUGAGCUCUCCCUGCCCUUCACCAAGAAGGAGGGCAGGCCGAAGGAGGAGCCGCGGCCCCGCAGCGUGGUGGACCUGACGCAGGACACCAAGCCCGACGGCGAGCGGAAAGUGAGCGUGGUGGAGAAGGCGGCGAAGGCGGGCGAGCGCCUGUCGCCCUUUCUGGCUGAGCACGUGCCAAGCCGGGGCGGGGGCGGCGGGGAGGCAAAGUCCAAGAACCCGCUGCAGAGCUCGUCCCUCAGCAACUGCAAUGGCGGCGGGGAUCCCGUGCUGAAGGUGCUGGGCGCCGAGCAGGACCGCUGCGCCAAGGACCCUGCGCGGCACGACGAGAACGUGAGGCCUUCUGCGCACGCCCACGCCGAGCGGCUGAAGCGGGGCGAGACCCUGCUGCCCUCCGUGGGUGCUCUGCACGUCUCCUGCAGCUGUCCCUCCCCGCAUCCCUCGCAGCCGGGCAAAAUGGUGCCCGCCGCCACCUUCCCCCCUCAGCCCGUCCAUUCCAGCGUGUACACCAUCUUCCCGCCGGCCAAGGAGCUGGGAAGGGAGCACAAAGUCAUCGCGCCCACCUUCGUGCCUUCGGUCGAGGCCUACGACGAGAGGAGCGGGCCCAUCCAGAUCGCCUCGCAGGCCCGCGACAACAAGGCCAAGGAGAAGGAGCUGGGCAAGGCCGGCGUGCUGCAGUCGCCCCCGGAGCGCUGCCUCGCCGACGCCCCCCGCGCACUCCUCUCCCAGGACUUCUCUUGCCACGGCGAUGCCAAAAGGAUGGAGGCCCUGAGGGAGAAGGGUUCGGUCAUCAGGGCCAACUCCAUGGCUCUGAAGAGACAGGUUGCUUCAGAGCCCUUCCUCAACCGGCCGGGGCUGGGCUCUCCGGAGAGCAGGGAGUUCCUGGCCGCCAAGGACUUGCUGAAGUCGAGUCCGGAAGCGGAGCACCGUCCCUGCGAGCGGGAGCGCUUCCAGCGAUCCAGCUCCAAAGAAGCGACAAAAGUUUACAGCACUUUGGACUCCUCUCGGCAGCACCUGGACCACAGCCAGCUGAAGCCUCCCGAGCAGAAGUGGAAACCCUUUGAGAUGGGCAACUUUGCCACCACGCAGAUGGCGGUGCUGGCCGCGCAGCACAACCACGUCACCCGGGCAGAGGAGGAGGCCAAGAAGGUCUACCUGGACCCCAGCGGCUUGCCACGUUCUUCGGUGGUGGGCUCACGGGGCGCUGCCGACGUCCUGCACCCCACUUCCCACAGCGAAGGCUCGGCCAUGCAGAGCCUCAUCAAAUACAGCGGCAGCUUUGCCAAAGAGACCGCGUCCCGGCAGAGCUGUGGCAAGAAGAGCCCCUUUGGUGGCUUGGGCAACAUGAAGUUGGACUCAUCGCAGCUGGGCACCUCCAAAGUGCAGCAGCUGCUGACACAGCAGCCGGCCAAGCAGCUGAAGAGGGACCCCGAGAGACCUGAGAGUGCCAAAUCCUUCGGCCGUGAGAGCAUCGGCUCACAGGGGGAGGUGGAGGUGAGGCACCUGCCUGUCGGCAUCGCCGUGGCCGUGGCCCGGCAGAAGGACAACAGCAGCAGCAGCAGCAGCAGCAAGCUGGCGCCCAGCCUGGCGGACCGGGAUCGCUCGCUGUCUCUCAGCAGCAUCAAAGGGCACAGCCGCUCUGAAGAUGACUGCGGGGACGAGAGGAGUCGUCACCGGGACGGCCACCUCCUGGCAGGGCGGCUGGAGCGGGACCAGGAGAAGCUGCUCAGAGAGAGCAAAGAGCUGGUGGAUUUCGCUCGGAUCCACCCCUCCGGCUGUGCCACGAACGGUUUGAACUCCAACCUGAUGGUGACGGGAGGUCCGGCCUUGGCGGGCUCCGGGCGCUGGUCCACAGACCCGGCUUCGCACUUGGCAGCGCACCCCUGGCUCCCCCGAACUGGCAGCCCCUCCAUGUGGCUGGCCGGCCACCCCUACGGACUUGGCCACCCAUCCCUGCACCAGGGCAUGACUCCAGGCUUCCCCCCUGCCAUGGGAGGGGCCCUCCCUUCUGCCUACCAGUUUGCCAGAGACCCGCAGUCGGGGCAGCUUGUUGUUAUCCCCAGUGAGCACUUGCCGCACUUUGCGGAGCUGAUGGACCGGGCUCCCCCCCUGUGGCCUGCCAUGUACCCCCCGACCCGGAGCUCCCUGCAGCACGCUCACCAGCUCCAGCUCCUCUCCCAUCAGCAGCUGCUGCGGCAGCACGAGCUGUACAUCCUGCAGCAGCAAGCAGCACAUGCCAUGGAGCUACAGCGGAGCGCUCAGCUCGUGGAGAGGUUGAAGGCAAAUGAACAGCGUGCAGAUAUGGAAGAGAAGGUGACGAAAAGGAGCCUGGACAGUGCCAAAUCAGGCCUGUCCUCCUCUGCCCCAGGACUGGUACACCGAAAGCCACCCGUGCUGUCGCCCAGCGCCUCCACAUCCUACAGCAAGGCUGUGAGUCCACCUCCCCUCUCUCCCAGGGCCUCACCCGUGUCUGUGCUCAAAGCUGAGGUGAUCCAAAAGAUGGAGGAGCCACCUUCGCAGCCAGCCUACUCCUACCCUGCCACCCCCAGCUCCCACCCCUCCAGCCCGCCCCCCGCCUCUCCACCCCCUGCCCCUGCCAUCCCUCCAAAGGAAGAGGCACCCGAGUCCGUGGAGAAGAAAGACCUGGAAUUGGAAAAAGAGGCUGCUGGUCCAUUUCAGGCCUUGUUCCAAGAGAUCCCCCCGGGAUAUCCAUUCCAGUCCUUGCCUCCCUCCUUCGGCAGACACUACCCCUACCUCCUCCAGCCCACCGCGGCGGCUGAUGCAGACGGCCUGGCUCCCGAUGUCCCGCUGCCUGCCGAAGGCUCUGAGCACAUGGAGCUUUCUCCUGAAGUCAAACCCAUCCACCUGUCUCCGUCCAAAAUGCUAGAACCCAUCCCAACAGCAGCAGAAGAGGAGUCGUUGGAAGAGAGGGUGAAAUCGGAAGUGCAGAUGGAGGAAAGCCAAGAGAGCAUCUGUGAGCAGGACAUGGGCGCCCUGAACAUCGCCACCACUGCGGCUGUCCCAGUGCAGAACGUGGACAGCUGCAAUUUGCUGUUGCAUCAAGGAGAAGCCUUGGGUGCUAUGGAACAGGACCAGGAAGACCUCCAGAGCUGCCCACCUCCUUACCAGGUUGUGGCUUGCCAGGUGGAAGAUGAGGCUCGGGCAGAGCCUGAGGGUGGAGCAGAAACCUGCUCUGUGCACAUGGACUAUGACAGCUCGCUAGUGCACACAGAGAGCGAGACACCUGAGAUGGACUUGACUCCCCAGCAGGAAGAGGCCUCUGUAGCCAUGGAUCUGCAGGGUGCUGAUGUGCCCCGGGGCAGGGAGUUUCCCAGCCUGCCCUCUGAGGAGGGUGAGCAGGGGCCAGAGAUGCCCUCCUACCCAGAUGAGGCAAUCUCUUGCCAAAUCCCGACUCUGGACAUCAAGCCGGGUGACCCGCUGGCGGGGAUGAACGCUUUGGUGGCUGCCACGGAAAUGCCUCAGGCUUGUUCUUUGUUGACUACUGCCAGCGUCGCUCCAUCCCAGAUGCAGAUGGAGGUGUUACCUGACCAGGCCUUGGAGCACUCCUUCCUGCAAGGGAUCACUUUGCUGAGUGAAAUUGCAGAGAUGGAGCUGGAGAAACGGAAGCAAGAAAUGCAAAGUUCAGAGAGUUUCCCUGUCCGGCCAACGCUGGAGAGUUUGCUGGCUGCCAGCACCCACAUGCUCAUGGAAGUACUUUCCACCCCCUUUAUGGAAAGUCUGAAAACCAUCCGACUGCCUCGAGAGCUGAAUCCCAACAAAAAGUACAGCUGGAUGCAGAAGAAAGAUGAGCCCAUGUACUCUAUCAAAUCAGCCAUUGAGAACAUGGAUGCAAUGGAGCUGGACUACAGGAUGAGGCUGGCGGAGCUGCAGCGGCGCUACAAGGAGAAGCAGCGGGAGCUGGUGAAGCUGCAGAGGCGCAGGGACUCCGAGGAAAAGCAUGACGAGAAAAGUAGAAGCUUGGCGAGAAGAGGCCCUGGAAGGCCCAGGAAGAGGAAACUUGGAUCAAGCGCUCUGUCGCCCAUUAAGGAGAGAGGGAAGAGUGACAGCAAGAGUGGAAAACUAAGCAAGUCCUUGUUGCUCUCUGAAGACUCUGAGACUGGCGAGGGCAUGAAGAAGAGGCACAAAGGGGCCCUCCCGGAGGAGGAUGACGAUGUGGAGAGCGGCAGUGGCAAGAUGAAAGGGAGGAACCAGAGCUGGGAAGAACACGAUGCUGCUCCCAGCUUCUCAAACGAGUUAAAGCUUAAGAAAAAGAAAGUACCAUCGGAUCAGGAACAGCUGGCCAGCAAGCUCGACAAGGCCCUGUCGCUCACCAAACAAGACAAACUCAAAUCCCCCUUCAAGUUUGCUGACAGCUCUGGGGGGAAGCUGAAAGCUGGUGGAGGUGGCAGCAGGUACCUUCCUUCUCAUGAGGCUCUGCCAAGUAAGGAGGAGAAGAAGAGCCUGUCCAAAAACCUGGGCCUGUCCCUGAAAUCCACCAAGGAAGGUAAAAACAAAGUGGCUGCCAAAAUGAAGAAGAUGGAGGUGGGAUUAAAAGUCAAAAAUCAGCUGAAGGUUUCCCAUUCACCAGCAAUAUCUGAAGUUAGCAGCUACUCCUAUAAUACGGACUCGGAGGAGGAGGAGGAGGGAUCCCUGAGGGACGAGUGGCCGGCGCAGCCCCCCUCCGCCCCCAAGCCGCGGCCGCCUGGCCUCUACAGCACGGCGGCCAGGAAGGGCGGCCGGGCGGCCGGCGGCCCCAAGGCGGCCCCGCGCGGUGUGGCGGCCGGGCGGCCGCUGAAAGCCAAGGCGGCGGCGGGCCGCAAGCAGCCCUUCUGCCUGCUGCUGCGGGAGGCCGAGGCGGGAUCUUCCUUCAGCGACUCCUCGGAGGACUCGUUCGAUCAAGAUUCCAGCUCAGAGGAAGAUGAGGAAGAGGAUGAAGAAGAGGAGGAAGAGGUGGAGGACUAUGGGACAGACAGCACCGACAGGCUUUCCUCACCUGCUCUUGAUGAGAGUGGCCUGGGCCUGCUAGCGAGGUUUGCUGCCAGCGCGAUGCCCAGCCCCAUUGUUCCCCCUCCACUUUCCAUCAUCCAGCUGGAGGCCAAGCAGAAGGCAAAGAAGAAGGAGGAGAGACAGAGCCUGAUGGGGACGGAGUUUGAAUACACCGACUCAGAGAGUGAGAUCAAGAUCAGGAAGAAGUCACCCUCGGAAUUGCUGCGGGGGAAGAAGGGUUCUCUGGAAACAAGCAGCAUCCCAUCAAGCCAGACCCCAAGCAGCCUUGAGCCCGGAUCUGGAAGUGCUGACAAAGCCAAGCUUGGGUCUGAGAAAGGCCGCAAGCUAAAGAAGUUCAAGUCCCCCAAGGACUUGAGCUUUGAGUUUGGGCUGGAGGCCAGCGAUGAUGACCUGUGGAACCGGCGCCGGAGCGAACGGAUCUUCCUCCACGAUGCCACCACAUCAUCAGCCAUGCUGACCCCCACGGCACCUGCCAGCUCCACUCCUGUCUCCAAGUCUGGGCGCUGUGGAAAGGGGGCCCCCAUGAGUCCCAAGAAGGAGGGCAGCAAAGGGAAGGACAGGAAGGAGCUAAGCAAGCGGAAAAAGGGUAAAGAAGCACCCUGCUGCUCCUCUUCCUCGUCCAUGUCUCCUCCUGGCAUCCCUAGCUCCCCAUCUGACGUUCGGGUCAGCCUGGCCAGUGCCCUGGGCUCCACCAAGAAGAGCAAAGCCAAGGUGAAAGCCAAGGAAGUUAAAAAAGAGAACCGAGGGAAAGGAGGAGCUGUCAGCAAGCUCAUGGAGAGCAUGGCAGCGGAGGAGGAUUUUGAACCCAACCAAGAUAGCAGCUUCUCGGAGGAUGAGAACAUCCCACUGAGCAUGCUUGUCGAGCGGCCACCCACACCAGCUCCCCGCUCCUGCAUAAUUGACAAGGAUGAGCUGAAGGAUGGCCUGCGUGUCCUCAUCCCCAUGGAUGACAAGCUGCUCUAUGCUGGACAUGUCAAGACGGUGCAUUCACCUGACAUAUACCGCGUGGUGGUAGAAGGUGAGAGGGGAAACAGACCCCAUAUCUACUGCCUGGAGCAGCUCUUGCAGGAAGCGAUCAUUGAUGUGAAGCCACCUUCAGUGCGAUUCCUGCCCGAGGGCACAAGGAUUGCUGCCUACUGGAGCCAGCAGUACCGCUGCCUCUACCCAGGGACAGUUGUCCGAGGAACCCUGGAUCUGGAGGAAGAUGGUGAUCUUAUCACAGUAGAGUUUGAUGAUGGGGACACAGGACGUAUCCCACUGUCUCACAUCCGGCUUCUCCCACCUGACUACAAGAUCCAGUGUGCUGAGCCUUCCCCAGCCCUUUUGGUACCCAGCACCAAGCGCCGCAGCCGUAAAUCCAGCAAAGAUGCCGGAGAAGGAAAAGAAGGGGCUGCACUGGGGUCAGAGGAGCCUGCAUCAAAGGGCAAAGGGCGAGGGAGAAAGCCAAGCAUCAAGGCAAAAGCUGAAGAGGCUUCCCUGCCUGAAGAGAAGGAUCAGGUGGAGCCUUCACCUGGUGCUUCUUCAGUCCCUGAGAAACCAGCCUGCCUGGGCAAAUCAAGUGUGAAGGGGUCACGAAAAUCCCAGCCGCUGCCUACUGGAGGGUCUCCUGCCCCCACAGAGGAAAAACGGUCAAAAGCCAGUAAAAUGAAGAUCUCCACUAAGCUGCAUAGCCCCCCACAACCCACUUACCAGCCUGCUGUGUUUGGCAGCAUCCUCACCACAGAGCCCUACAGUGACCUGCCAGGGACACUGACAGCCUUUGGCUCCAGUGAUGCUUCAGCGUCGAAAGCCAAGGCCAAGAAAGGCAGGCCCACAGAAGAGGCACAGGAAUUUGGUACCAUGGUUAAGGCUCAGAGGAAGCAUGACAGUGAAAUCCUGAUCAAGCUGGACCAUGAGGGUGUGAUGUCUCCAAAGACGAAGAAAAUGAAGGAGGCGAUGAGGAUGCUGGAGGACUCGAGUCUGGCUGGUCGCAGAGAUGGCAAAAGUCUCUUGGGGCUGGGCUAUUCACCUGCAGUGGGUGCAGAGGGCAAGCAGAAAUCCUCCCGAGCCAAGGCAGCUGAGGGAGACCCUGCCAGCUUUGGGGGAAAGUUUGAUGGCUCGGCAGAAAGCCUCAAUGCCUCAAAGGACCAGGAAGACAAGGCAGCAGUGCCAGCAGCUGUAGAGGAGUCUGAGAGCAACAGCAGUGACAGCAGCUCAGAAUCAGAGGGAGAAGAGGAGACCGAGAAGAACCGAGGGGAGGCUCAGGACAGCAGCUCAACCAGCUCAAGAGCAUCGACUCCUCUCUCUUCCUCCAACUCCUCCUCCUCUUCCUCUUCUAGCAGCAGCUCCUCUUCCUCCUCCUCUUCCUCCUCUUCCUCUGCCUCAUCGACCUCCUCAUCAUCAAGUUCCAGCUCCUCUUCCUCCUCCACUACAGAUGAAGACUCCUCCUGUAGCUCUGAUGACGAAGUAGCUGAGGCCCAGCCAAGUUCCUCAGUGCAGCAAACCAUCCCUCCCAAGCAAACCAAACAGACAGGGAAAUCCCGGGCAUCCUCCCACCCCCAGAGCCAGAAGCAGCCAGCACAGCAGCCGGCGCAGCAGCCGGCACCGCAGCAGAGCGGCAACAAGAGCAGGCCCAAAAAGCGUGAGGGCAUCCACCUGCCCACCACCAAGGAGCUGGCCAAGCGCCAGCGGCUGCCAUCGGUGGAAAACAGGCCCAAGAUCGCCGCCUUCCUCCCCGCACGGCAGCUGUGGAAGUGGUUUGGGAAGCCCACGCAGAGACGAGGAAUGAAAGGGAAGGCCAGGAAGCUCUUCUACAAGGCCAUUGUCCGAGGCAAGGAGAUCAUUCGCAUUGGAGACUGUGCGGUCUUCCUCUCAGCUGGCCGCCCCAACCUGCCCUACAUUGGCCGGAUCCAGAGCAUGUGGGAGUCCUGGGGGAACAACAUGGUGGUCCGAGUCAAGUGGUUUUAUCACCCAGAGGAAACCAACCCUGGGAAGAAACUCAACGAAGGCAAGCGCUGGGAUCAGAAAUCAGGCAGGAGUCUGUCCACAGCUCUGCAGGCAUCCAACCAGAGGAAGGACUUCAUGGAGCGAGCUCUCUAUCAGUCCUCUCACGUGGAUGAAAACGAUGUCCAGACCAUCUCACACAAGUGUCUCGUUGUUGGUCUGGAUCAGUAUGAGCAGAUGCUAAAGACUAAGAAAUAUCAAGACAGUGAGGACCUCUACUACCUUGCAGGGACCUACGAGCCCACCACGGGCAUGAUCUUCAACACCGACGGGGUCCCUGUCAUCUGCUGACCGCCCAGGGAGCACGUGCCAGCCCUGGGAAGGGACAGGACAAACUUGAGGACGUGCCUGUUCAGACGACAUGAUUGUUUCUUUCAAAGCUCAUGACUUCGGUGUCACACUACAGACAGGAGAGUGCGAGAGACAUGGGGAGGAAGGAGAGGGCUGAAGAAAGGGGCUGAGAAAGCGGUUACAGCAAUCACGGAAGAUGCCAAGGGUGGUAGCGGUGGUGUAUGAGCCUCAAGAAUCUUUGGGAAGUGGCUUUAAUUAAGGUGACACUUGACCAACUUCUCCCUUCCUCCUUUUGGUCCUGGAAAGCACAUGGGUCUCAUGAUCAUUUCACCAGCGGGGAACCCCCCAGCAGGAGGGAUCCCUUUUGUGUCAUUUGCCCCCAUCAGUCACUCAGAAGCCGCCCGUAUGUGGAAGGACACCUGCUGACCUUCUGCAUACGCUCCUCUCCGUCCUUAUAUCCCCUUUCCUGCUUGUUUCGCAUGACCCUUUAGGAAGGACAGGGUGAAAGAGAAAGGAGAUGAGUCUCUCUCAGCGCCUCGUCUCAAUCCUCCCGGCGCCUUUUGGCGGUUCCCCUUCCCCUGCCUGGCAGUGGAGCACAAAGAGCAGUGCUGGCCCUAGUGUGGAGAUGGCAGGAGAGGUCCUCCAGGCUGGAGGUGCCAGGUGAGCCCCUGUCACACCUGGGAUGCUGCUUUCUCAUUGCCCCAGAUGGGCUGAGCCCACCUUCCCACUCCCUCCUGUCUCACAAAGGAGAGAGAGAAGGAAGUGCAGGUGAGAAGAGAGUGAGGCUUGCCAAACAACUCCCUGUGAGUGUGCAGGGAAGGAGAUGACUGGGAGACACUGCUUGGGUGCUUGGAGCAGAGGAGGCUGCAGGUCAGGGGGUGCCUCCCGCGAUGGAAUGGAUUUUAGCACAGCUCACUCAGCUUUACCUCUCACGCCUGUGUGGAGCAGUCAGCUGCCUGGAAGCCCUCCACCUCUCAUUUGAAGGAACAGGGACAGAAUGCGAAGCCCAGCCGUGCCCUGCUGCUGCAUUUCCGCAGCCAAAGCCCAGCAGUCACCUUGGGCUGGGCCAGGGGAGCGCUCAACUGGCCAACCCAGCAAGGGGGGGGGAUGUUGGAGGAGAACAGAACCACGCAACAUCCUUGCACUUAAACAAAAACUCCCAAGAGACGCACUGAUCUUUGCAACUGUCGACUCGCACUGCAUCGCUGCGACGUGGAGCGUGGCUCAGCUCGGCCGGGAGCAGCAGCCCAGGCUCUGGUGGGGAGAGCUUGGACAGAUUGCAAACUAUCCACCCCUCUGCUGCUCCGGACCGGACCCGGGGGGGCCUGGGUGUCUCUGCACAGUCACCCCUCGACUUCAGCAAGAACCACAAUGGUGCUGCGCUGUCCCACCUCUGCCCCGGGCGCCGCGGAUAGUGACGGUUCUAACCUGUACAGUUUUAAUGUACCAAAAGACUCUUUAGCCCUCCUGUAUUAUAAAUCUUUAAAUGGAUUCAACUUUUUAAUUAU